AUGAAUGAUGAUCUAUGUCAAAAUUUUGAUCUUUUGAGGAUGCAUUUACCCGAUGAAUUAACCGAAAAAGCAAAACUCAAUUUUAAUGAUGAUUCGGAUUUCAAAAAUUACUGCCCUAAUGGAAGCUGCAAUACUGAUCUCGAAAAAAUUACGGCUGGAUUUUUAUGGUUACUUGGACAAUAUUUUACUAAAUACUCAAAGAAAGGUCAUAUUGUAAAUGAUAUUAAACCAUUUUUUCUAUAUAUUAUUUUAUGGUUAAGUUACAAAUUAAAUCAAAACUCAGAGCACAAAACCAACCAAAUAAACGAUUUUUAUACUAAUCAUGUAAUUAAUAGUGGUAAAUAUAAUAGUUUUACAAGUGCUGCCUAUAAAUUUACAGAUCUUAAGGAAUUCAUAGAUGGACAAAAAGAUUUGUUUAAUAUUAAUAUUAAAGACCUUUCUAAAUUUUAUGAUGCAUCCAAAUUAAUAUGUAGUAUGUAUGGUAAGGUUGCACAGAAUAAAACAAGUGACACACUGUCAAAUGCUGCUAGUUUUGUUAACAAAUAUACAACCCUUAACAAUGACUGUAAUAUUAAAGGUACCGUACGUAGUAAAAUAUUUUCUACUUUAUCAACUGAUUAUGAUAAUAUAAAAAAUGAAUGUAAAGAUGCUCAAUGUAGCAAUUUUCCAAUCCUUCCAGCGAUAAAAGCAACACAAAAUGCUACAAAGGGUUCUAAACAAGCUUCUGAAACUAUUUCUGUAACUAAUUCUGUAAAAACUUCUGCACAAACAUUUGAAGUUACAUCAUCAAGUUCGUCGAUAGGAAACAAAUUAUUUACAGUUUUAUCGAUAUUUGGUGCAAUAGCAUUUCUUUUAGGAAUUUCUUAUAAGUAUUCGUUAUUUGGAUUUCGGAAACGAGCUCAAAAACAAUAUUUAAGAGAAAAAAUAAAAAAUAUAAAGAAGAGAAUGAAUCAUUAA